AUGGUGGCACUUGCUAUCGACAACCUCAGCAUCCCAAUUAUUGACUUGGAGCCAGCACGAACCGGGACUCCCGAACAGGCUGCCCAGGUCGCGCAAGACGUUUAUCAGGCUUUCAAAAAGGUUGGCUUCGUCUAUAUUAAGAACCAUGGGGUUCCGCAGGACCUUUUAGACCAAGCUUUUGCAUGGAGCGCCAAAUUCUUCGCUCUACCUCAGAGUGAGAAGAACAAAGCUCCCCAUCCGCCCGAGGGCUGGUACCACCGGGGCUAUUCGGGGGUGGGCCGCGAGAAAGUCAUUCAAAUGGUCUUUGAUAAAGAUGGCAUCGCCGAGAAGCGCAAGACACCGGAUGUCAAAGAGUCCUUUGAAUUGGGCAACGAGAAUGACGAGCGAAUGCCGAAUAUCUGGAUUCCCGAUGAGACGCUCCCCGGCUUCCGCCAAUUCUUUACCAUGUUCUUCGAGACUUGCUAUAGUGUUGAGCAAUUGCUCUUGCGAAUAAUUGCCGUGGGCAUGGGUCUGGAUGAAGACUACUUCGUGAAGUAUCACCAGAACAAAACCAAUCAAUGCCGAUUGCUGCAUUACCCGGCCGUAGAAGAGGAACUGCUCCGACUAGGAAAAGCCGAGCGCAUUGCCGCGCACUCUGACUUUGGAACCAUGACAAUUCUGAUCCAAGACGAAGUCGGGGGUCUUGAAGUCGAGGAUAUCCACGAGAAGGGAAAAUUCAACCCAGCGCCUUAUAUCCCGGGGACGGCUGUGGUGAAUAUUGGAGAUCUCCUUAUGCGUUGGAGCAACGAUGAGCUCAGGUCGACCCUGCAUCGGGUGCGUGCUCCACCACUGGUCGAUUCCGAUGAUGCCUCGAAGGGCCGUAUGACGCGCCCGCGAUACUCAAUUCCGUACUUUAUCACCCCCGAUCGAGAGCAAAUCAUUGACUGUCUGCCGGGUUGCUAUGGACCGGAUCGGCCCAAGAAGUAUGAACCGGUCAAAAGUCGGGAUUAUAUUGCUAUGCGCAUGAAUGCCACAUAUUGA